UACGUAGGCGCCACGACACCCAAAACAAUCGUCCAAACCGCCAUGGGAUCUAUUGGUUUUGACAGUUUAGGGACCCGUUGUAUUAGUUUUCUAGUUGAAUGAUGAAUCGAAUCCGUUCACAAGUUAAAGUUUUCUGGUUGAAGGAUGAAAAUCGAAUCCCUUCACAAGUUAAGACACCUCAAUGAACUUUCCACCUAAUAAUAAUAAUUUGUUUGAUCGUAGCUAACCUCGUUUACCCACUCGUUUUCGAGAAGGGAGGCGAAUCUGAUUCCAAUCGAGGGAAGAUGAUGAUGCCGGACAAGAAGAGGAAGAAAAUUGCGGCAGCGGCGCCGGCGCCAGCACCGGCACCGGUAGCUCGGCUUGUCCGCGUUCGCUCGGGGAACAAGAAGAGGAAGGGGAAGGGGAAGGAGGCCCCAGCCGAGGGUUCUGCCGCAAAGGAGCCAGCGGUGUACAUGGUGUUGGCGCACGGAGUGGAGGAGGAGCCCACCCACUCGGUAAUCGAGGUCGCCGCCGGCGCCACCGUCCGCCUUUUGCUCCACUCCACCAGCGGCCGCGGCAUGUCGUUCGCGGCGGUGGGGACGCGGAUCGUGGGCAUCGGGCUGGAUCAGACCACCGUGUACGACCCCAAGACCUCCACGGUGCGCGCCGGCUGCCGGCUCGUGUUCCCUAAGGUGAACCCCGUCCUCGUCUCGCACGGCGGCAAGCUCUACGCCGUCUCCUGCUGCCCCUCCGUCGUGAACGGGCGGGACUUCGAGCCAUGGUUCCUCGUCCUCGACAGCCUCGGCUACUUCGGAUGGCGCGAGCUGCCGCCGCCGCCCAUCUUCCCGUGCCGUCUCAACCCGCUGGAGUACCGCGAUCCGCCGGCGGUGCGCGUCGCGGCCUACGCCAUCGUCGGCUCCCACAUCCUGCUCUCGGUGUCGGUGCAGCAGCAGGGCCAGGACAAGGGCACCUGCGCCUUCGACAUGGACGCCGAGCAGUGGGAGAUGGUGCUCGACACGAACCUGCCUUUCACCGGUCAGGCCGUGCCUCUUGGCGACCACCGCUUCGUUUCCUGCUCCAUGGCAAAGGGCGGCGCGGCUUCAGUGUACUACAUGGAGGUCAUGGUCUUCCCUCCAGGAAUUGCAGGUUCAGGCACAGGCAAGAAGGAGCUGUCCAUCGUUGAGUUGCAGGUGGAAUCCAAGCGCAUUGUUCCGGGGCACCUUCUCUGCACCAUGGGGAAGGGCAGCUUCUCCUCCUUCGACUUUCGAUCCACUGCUUCCCCGGCCAAGCAGGACAUAGUAGCACGUAUUGUUCAUCGCACUUACUCUCAGGCGGAGGCGGAGGUGGAGGCGGAUGAUUCUGCUGACACCGAUUUGGUCAUCACGGUGAAGCGGGAGGAUCGGCAGAUUUACAAGCUACGUGAUCCACACACAUGUUUGGCCCAUCCUUCUUGGCCGGUUGCUGCUUUAACCAUGAAGAUGAGGUGGAGAAGCGUCCAGUUACAGGAAUUCUAACCAUCGAAAGUGGGCUGACUUCGAUCUCGAAGAUUGUUAUGGAGAUGAAAUACCUGUAUGAGAAACAUAAGCAGUGGGAUUGGAAGGUUAAACAGGUGGAGCAGAAGAAAUAUUUGGUGGAAUUUCCAUCCAAAGAUGCUAGGAGGG